GACAGCAGUAGCAGUAUAACAGUAUAUUUAAAAGUAUAUGAGUGUGACAGACAGUAUCAUGUAACGGGACCUGGGAGCGACAUGAACGGGCCUGAGCUCAGUGAACUGCCGGACGACUCUCCGCAGCUGCAGCCGCAUGUGAGUGAGCUGAGGCGGAGAGCGCUGCAGGCCACACAGCUGACCGCCGUCACCGCGCUCUCCGACGGAUUCCUCAUCAAGUUCCUGCGGGCCAGAGACUUUGACGUGGAGCUUUCUUUGAAGCUCUUGUUAAACUAUCAGCGUUGGCGGCAGGAGAGUCCUGAGAUCAGCGGCUGUCUGUCUCCGUCCUCUGUCCUCGGCCUCCUCAGCACCUCGUAUCACAGUGUCCUCCCGCAGAGGGACCACGCUGGCAGCCGAGUCCUGCUCUACAGGAUCGGACAGUGGAACCCUAAGGACUGGUCGGCCUUCCAGGUGUUCAGAAUCAGCCUGAUGACAUCAGAGAUCAUCUCCUCAGAGACACAAACACAGAGGCGGGGCAUCAAGGCCAUAUUUGACCUGCAGGGGUGGAGCUUAGGCCACGCCCUGCAGAUUAACCCCUCCCUUGCCAGAAAGAUAUCAUCCGUGCUCUCGGACUCUUUCCCUCUCAAAGUGAGAGGAAUCCACCUGGUCAACGAGCCAAUGUUCUUCAGGCCCGUCUUUGCCAUGAUUCGUCCCUUUCUGCCAGACAAGAUCAAACAGAGGAUCCACAUGCAUGGAGUGGAUUUCCAUGACACUCUAAGUGACUUCUUCUCGCCGACCAUUCUGCCGCCAGAAUAUGGAGGGGAGGGGCCUUCAAUAGAGGAGGUGUGUCAGGACUGGACCAAUCAUCUGCUCCAGUCAGAGACGCUUCUGCAGCAGAUUGCCGCUCACCCGACAGCCGAUGUCGCCAUUAGUCCUGAAAACUGCUUGAUAUCACGGGAGGCGGAGACUGAACGGUCGUCAGAGGUAUGAUGUUCGGAAUCUUUGGCCCUUUUUUAAACUUGUUUUGUUACUGUAGACCAAACACACUCUCUGGAAGACAUUCGCUACUGUGUGAGUCACUAAAAAACUUGAGUUUACAUGAUGCCACACUGCCAACUGAAAGCUGACCAAACGGCAGGUGUUACACCUUUAGGCAUAAUUUGUAAAAACGUGAGUAAUAUUAUGGAAACACCAUCUCAUUCCUGAUGCAACUUGUGUGAAAGUAUUGUAAAAAUAGUCAUUGUGUGUCAAUAUCCAGGCCAUAGGUUGGUAAAGUAACUCACUAUCUUUACAUUAAACUGUUAAUAAUUUCAAAUUCUCCUUCAUGCACCACACUUGGUAUUUAGUAUUUAAGAUAGAGUUACGUUCUGAUAAGAAAAAUACAACCUUGUUACUGUAUUGUACUAUGAAGUGUAACCAAUAAAUCUAUAAAAACUGUCGAUUUUUUAAACACAAAACCUCAACUCAAAGAGGUAAUAUAUUGAUUUAAAAACUGUUUCAGACUUCUUUUUAUUUUUAGGUCAGCAGGUGUUACUUUAAUCUAUUGAAAGACGUGUUUAUGUUCGGCUUCAAUGAAAAAUAAAUCACAAAGAAUCAGUGUGUUGUCAAAAUAUUAGAAAUAUUAUUAUUCUGGGAAUAAAUCUGCCUCCUGACGAA